UGGGGCGCAAGGUUAGAAGUUGCGCAUCUUCUCGACGACAAAUUUGUCCAAGGGCAAGCAAAUUGUGCUACUGACGCACAAAUACACAAAAGGAGAGAUGGUAAAAAAUCUGCAGGAGCUCAUCCAGAAGCUCCGUGAAAUCUUUAAGGACGACAAUGUCAAUGUGGAGGAAGUGCAGGAACUCAUGGAAUCAUACAAGAGCAACCCUAAGGAUUGGCAGAAAUACGCCAUAUUCGACGCUCACAAAUACACAAGAAACUUGGUGGAUGAAGGCAACGGGAAGUUCAACCUGAUAAUUUUGUGUUGGGGAGAAGGCCAUGGAAGUAGCAUCCACGACCAUUCCGACUCCCACUGCUUCAUGAAAAUGCUUCAAGGCGAGCUCAAGGAGACGCUCUUUGACUGGCCCAAGGGCGAAGACCAAAUGAUCGAGAAGUCGCACAGGAUGCUGGAAAACAACUCAGUGGCCUACAUAAAUGACUCCAUCGGCUUGCACCGUGUGGAAAAUGUGAGCCACACUGAGGGUUCAAUUAGUCUGCACCUGUACAGCCCACCCUUCGAUACGUGUCAGGUCUUUGACCAGCGUACCAGCCACAAGAACGUUGCGAAGAUGACCUUUUGGAGCAGAUAUGGCGAGAGGACCCCAUUUGAGACCAGUGCAUCAAAGGAGAACAACUAAUGCAUUUCCAAACGAAAACUCCGGACCUUUGGAUCUCUGGAUCUCCGGAUGUUUGUCUAAGACCAACUGUUAAACAGUUCAGUGAUUAUAAUCAAUGGACUGUACUUGUGUCUUGCUCAAAUUAGACAUCUUCUCCGGAUUUUGGAUUUUAUAUUUGUUGUUAGCGAAUUCAUAUUGUGUAGUCAUUUCUGUAGCACUGAUGUAUGCAAUAAAUGAGCACCUGUGACAAAACCA